AUGUCUACCAUCACAUUCGUUACAGGCAACAGUAACAAGCUUAAGGAGGUAAUUGCCAUUUUGGGUGGUGAGCCCAGCUCUGAAGGAUCCAAGGUUGGCAAGUUUACCGUGGUCAACAAGUCCCUAGACUUGGAUGAGGUCCAGGGCACUAUUGAGACAGUGACCAUCCACAAGGCUAAAGAAGCUGCCAAGCAGGUCAACGGUGCUGUUUUGGUUGAGGACACCUGUCUUGCUUUCAAUGCCAUGAACGACUUGCCUGGUCCUUAUAUCAAAUGGUUUGUUCAGGCUGUUGGUCUUCAAGGUCUUGUGGAUAUGCUCUACAAGUUUGAGGACAAGGGGGCCAAGGCAGUGUGCACUUUCGGCUACUGUGAAGGUCCAGGCAGUGAAGUGAAGCUUUUCCAAGGAAUCACUCAUGGUAACAUCGUGGACAGCAGAGGCCCUACUGAUUUCGGCUGGGAUGCUGUAUUUGAGCCAGAGGGUUUCAAAGAGACGUAUGCCGAGAUGGACAAGAGCGUGAAGAACUCAAUUUCCCAUAGGUUCAGAGCUUUGGACAAGUUGAGAGACUACCUUCUCCUGCAAUAG